ACGUAGUCUUUAGGUGGACAUUAAUUAAGGACAAAAAAAUGACUGAUAAGAAAAAUCCUCAGCUAUUCAACUCAAGCCUCUUUUCCUCUCCAGGAGGUUCUGGGGGCCUGUCACUGGGAUUUGAUGAACCAUUUAGCAGUCCCUUCUCCCUUGCUCCAGCACUCUCCACAAACUCUAGUUCCAAGCAAUCAGAUGAUGGUGCAAAAAAGCAAGUUUCUGUUGGGUCACCCUUCUCUCAGACCCCACUCAACAGCUCUCCGAGUGGUCAGGGCACCCCACCCCACACCCACUCCCCCCGACGCUCUAGCUCACCUGUGGGGCCACCUGCGUCCAGUAGUAGUGGCAUUUUACUGAGUGGAUUGAGCACUGUCUCUUUGGACAGCCCCCCUGCUCCUGAGGAAGUUAUUUCCAACCGGCCCACGGACCCAUCAAGAGCACUGGUGCAGCCCCCCACAAUGGAACCGCCUGUCAAUGACCCAACCAUAGGAGCCACUACUUACAAUGAUCAGGGUGUUGAUUAUAGAGGAGGGGGUAAGAGCAAGUAUGGCUGGAAUGACCCCCCUGUUGUCAACAACACUCCUAACAGGCCCGCUCCCUCAAGAAGUGUCACAGCUCCGGGUCAAUUUACCAGUGACCCAGCUGCUAUGGACAGCUAUUCCAUCCAACCCCAUUUAGAGCCUCAGCCAACAAACCCACCCCUCUCUUCUCAACUGUCCCAGCCCCCUCUCACAACCACCUCCCAACCCAAUCAAGCCCUGUUAGGACAGGGUCCUCCCCCCUCACAAUCAGCAGCUGGCUCGAACCCGUAUCGUAUUGGGCUCGGGAAUAAGAAGCCUGCAUAUGGAGUGUCUGGCAUAGCCUCGUUUGGUCCCAGUAGGCAGCAAACCUCACAGCCCAUGAUGGCUCCCUCUCAGCCUCCACCAGCAAGUGUGCAGCAAAGCUUUACCCAGCCUGCUCCCUUCUCACAAGGACUACCUGCUGCAUCCUACGAGACCGUCUUACCCCAUGCUACGACCUCCACGUACCUACCAUCCUCACAAGUUGAUGCGGGUGUGAGUGGUGUGUGGACUGGGCACAAUCAGCCACUACGCUACCACUGGUUCUAUCUGAGGACUGGUGAGGUUUACUGGAUACCAUUCUCCUUGUUGGACUCGGGUAGACUAGAGGAGAGUCUGGCCAUUGGAACCCAAGACCCUUCUCAAGAAGUACUAGUGCCUACUGACGGAGGGCGAUAUGAUGUGAACUUGCACCAACGAUUGCGUCAGUCUGUAUACUGGGAGGAGCCAGGGUCCGAGGUGCGGCGCUGCUCCUGGUUCUACAAGGGGGAGGGUGACAGGUGGUACCUUCCCUAUGAUGAACGCAUAGCUGCUACACUGGAGGAAGAGUACUUGUCUGCCUUGUCCCAAGGUCAGUGGAACCGUCGUGUGGAGAUGUCUGGAGGAGAGGCAGUCAUCAUGCACUCUCAAUUGGCCAUUGUACACUAUCCCUCUCAGCCGCAUGACUCCAUCGUCUCUGAUGACCUCUCCCACCCUAGGUCCGUGCUCAGGGGGUUCGCAGAGGUCGAUAAAGUCGAUACUGGUGAGCAAACUCGUAUUGACCAUCUUGUGUUCGUGGUUCAUGGGAUAGGGGCACACUGCGAUAUGAGCUUCAGGAGUCUUGUGGAUUGUAUUGAUGACUUUCGUGAGGUUUCUCAACUAAUGCUCAAGACUCACAUGUUCUCAGCAGCUGCUCCCAAACAAGGGGACGACGGUGGUAGAGUGGAGUACCUUCCAGUGCAUUGGCACGCCACCCUGCACAAAGAUGAGAGGGGAGUCGAUACGCGACUACAGCCACUGACUCUCCCCAGUAUCUCCAGGCUGAGAGACUUCACAAACUCCACUCUUGUUGACAUUCUCUUUUUCACCAGUCCAGUCUACUGUCAGACCAUCAUCACCCAAGUGGCAUCAGAGAUGAACCGGAUGCUUGAGACCUUCAAGGCCAGGAAUCCGUACUUUCAAGGAGGUGUGUCUGUUGUUGGCCACUCCCUCGGCGCUUGUGUUCUCUUUGACCUCCUCAAUCAUCAACAGAGUCAAGAGGUCAACAGCGAUGUUUUUAAUGAGCCCUCUGAACCAAGUGCACAGAAACAAGAAGUCAACUCAGCUCAAAGUUAUGACCAGGAUACCUCCAUUAGUAAAGGAGAUGAGCCAAAUGAAGAGACCCCCACUCUGGAAAAAGCGUUGAAGCAGCUUGGCCUGGAGAGACUGACUGAUAUAUUCACUUCAGAGCAGGUUGACUAUGACUCUCUGUUGAUGUGCACCAACGAUGACCUCGUGGAACUGAAUGUACCCCUGGGCCCCCGGAAAAAAAUCGUCUCUUUCAUUACCCAGCAAGCUGAGCUAAAGAAGCUUGCUGAAGCCAGACGAGAAAGGGAAGACAGAGAUAGGUUGACAAAAGAGAGAGAACAACAGAAGCAGCAGGAGGCAGUAGAUACAGCUCUCCAUCGAGCCACCCUUCAAGGGGUGAAAAUAGUUAGGGGAUUGGCCGGAACUGGACAGCCCUACAUUGACUACCCUCAACUCAGCUUCAAGCCAAGACACUUGUUUGCAGUUGGGUCACCGAUAGGGCUGUUCCUCUCUGUUAGGGGAGUAGAGGAGCUGGGUCCAAACUUUUGCUUGCCCACUUGUCCAAAGAUGUUCAACGUCUUCCACCCAUUUGACCCUGUUGCGUAUCGCCUGGAGCCACUGGUGAUCAAGGCAGCUCCCUCCAAACCUGUGCUCAUGCCCCAUCACAAGGGACGAAAAAGAUUCCAUCUUGAGAUCUAUGAGAACCUUGGUCAAGUGAGUACGAACUUGAAAGCCUAUCUUGUUGAUGGAAUGCGCAACAUGUGGCAACAGUUGAACGAAUUUGCACGAAGCCACACCUCCGGACAGGAGCAGCUGCUGGUCACUGAUGCUGACAUUCCACUGGAUAAGGAGGUGGAGCCUGAUUUAGAGGUAAAACAAGAAAUCCCCAUUGGAAGGCUAAACCAGGGAAGAAGGAUUGACUUUGUUCUACAAGAGAAGCCCAUUGAGAAGCUCAACGAGUAUCUGUUCGCACUGAGUAGUCAUCUUUGCUAUUGGCGCUCUGAAGACACUGCAUUGUUCAUUCUGAAAGAAGUGUACGAUGAACCACACCCUGAACUGAUAAAAUCAUAAUAGAACUCAUCAAUAAUUAUUAAAGGUACAAUAAUAGGAGUGAUGCUUAUUCUCGCUUUUGUAGCAUUGCGUGUUUUGAAUAUAAUGUUUUGACAUGAAUAUUGUGUUAUGAUUAUUAUUAUUAUCAUUA